AUGUUACUUAAACCUUGGACUAAUAUUGCUUUACGCAAUUCAAUUCGUCGUCGUAAUGCUAUUCCUUCUUUGUGUCGGUAUGUCUCAACUGAGAUUAGUUCCAAGACUCAAAACCAGAGAAAGGCCUAUGUUGGCGCUGGAAUCUUGAAUCCAAAUUCUCAUAAAGAUAAACUUGUUGAUGUUAACAAAGUGUUGGUUAUUGGAUCAGGUGGUCUUAGUAUUGGUCAAGCUGGUGAGUUUGAUUACUCAGGCUCGCAGGCCAUCAAGGCUUUGAAAGAAGCUAAUAAGAAGUCUAUUCUUAUCAAUCCCAAUAUUGCAACCAACCAAACUUCUCAUGCAUUGGCUGAUGAGAUCUACUUUUUGCCAGUCACCGCUGAGUAUAUUAUCCAUAUCAUUGAACGUGAACAGCCAGAUGGUAUUUUGCUCACAUUUGGUGGACAGACUGGUUUGAAUGUCGGUGUCGAACUUGAUAAGAUGGGUGUUUUCGAUCGUUAUGGCGUCAAGGUUUUGGGUACCCCCAUCAAGACUUUGGAAACCUCUGAAGAUCGUGACUUGUUUGCCCAAGCAUUGAAGGAGAUUAACAUUCCAAUUGCUGAAUCUAUUGCUGUUGAGACUGUUGAUGAUGCUCUGGCUGCUGCUGAUAAGGUCGGCUACCCAAUUAUCGUUCGUUCGGCCUAUGCCUUAGGUGGUCUUGGUUCUGGUUUCGCCAACAACAGAGACGAGCUUCGUAACUUGUCUUCUCAGUCUUUGUCUUUAUCCAGACAAAUUCUUGUGGAGAAGUCGCUCAAGGGAUGGAAGGAAGUCGAGUACGAGGUUGUACGUGAUAGUGAAGGCAACUGUAUCACAGUUUGUAAUAUGGAGAAUUUUGAUCCUCUUGGUAUUCACACUGGUGACUCAAUUGUAGUUGCUCCUUCUCAGACUCUUUCUGAUGAAGAGUAUCAUAUGCUUCGUUCUGCUGCCAUCAAGAUCAUCCGUCAUCUCGGUGUUGUCGGUGAAUGUAAUGUCCAAUAUGCCUUGCAACCCGAUGGACUCGAUUACAGAGUUAUUGAGGUAAAUGCUCGUCUUUCUCGUUCUUCUGCUCUUGCUUCUAAGGCUACUGGUUACCCCUUGGCUUACACUGCUGCUAAGAUUGCCCUUGGCCACACUCUGCCCGAAUUACCUAAUGCUGUGACUAAGACUACAUCUGCCAAUUUCGAACCUUCGCUUGAUUACAUGGUCACCAAAAUCCCUCGUUGGGAUCUUGCCAAGUUCCACAAUGUCAAGAGAGAUAUUGGUAGUUCCAUGAAGUCUGUUGGUGAGGUCAUGGCCAUUGGUCGUACUUUUGAGGAGUCUUUCCAAAAGGCUAUUCGUCAGGUUGACCCAUCUCUGGUUGGUUUCCAAGGUUACAGUGGUUUUGAAGAUUUGGAUUUUGAACUUGCCAAUCCUACCGAUCGUCGUUGGUUGGCUGUUGGACAAGCUCUAAUCCAUGAGGGCUACAGUGUUGAUAGAGUUCAUGACUUGAGUAAGAUUGACAAGUGGUUCCUUUACAAGUUAAUGAACAUUGUUAACCAACAAAAGAAGCUUGAAAGCAUUAGCUCCUUGUACGGAAUUACUCAUGAAACUAUGCUAGAGUCCAAGCAGUUGGGCUUUUCAGACCACCAAAUUGCUCUUGCCGUUGGUUCUACCGAACUUGAAGUCCGUGCCCGCCGUACUAGCUUCGGCAUUCGUCCUUUUGUGAAGAAAAUCGAUACCCUGGCUGCUGAAUUCCCUGCUGAUACCAAUUACUUGUACACCACCUACAAUGCCACUGAGCAUGACGUUGAAUUUGAUGAACAUGGUAUUAUGGUUCUUGGUUCCGGUGUCUACCGUAUUGGAUCAUCCGUAGAGUUUGAUUGGUGUGCUGUUAGUACUGCUCGUGCUCUACGUGAAAUGGGAAAGCGUACUAUCAUGGUUAACUACAACCCUGAAACUGUCUCCACUGAUUUCGAUGAAGUUGAUAGACUAUAUUUUGAAGAAUUGAGCUACGAACGUGUUAUGGAUAUCUAUGAAUUGGAACAUGCUAGUGGCGUUGUUGUUUCCGUCGGCGGUCAAUUGCCCCAAAACAUUGCUCUCAAGCUUCAAGAGCAAGGUGGUGCUAAGGUUCUAGGUACUGAUCCUCGAGAUAUUGACCAGGCCGAGGAUAGACAUAAGUUCUCUUCUAUUCUCGACUCUAUUGGAGUUGACCAACCUGCUUGGAAGGAGUUGACCUCUGUUUCGGAGGCCAAAGAUUUUGCUGAUAAGGUUGGCUUCCCUGUUUUAGUUCGUCCUUCUUAUGUGUUAUCUGGUGCUGCUAUGUCUGUUAUUAGAGACGAAUCUGAGCUUGAGGCUAAGUUAACCAAUGCUGCCAGCGUUUCUCCAGAUCACCCUGUUGUCAUUACUAAGUUCAUUGAGGGUGCUCAGGAAAUUGAUGUCGAUGGUGUUGCUUCUAAUGGUAAACUUUUGGUCCAUGCUGUUUCUGAGCACAUCGAAAACGCUGGUGUCCACUCUGGUGAUGCUUCCUUGAUUCUCCCUCCUGUUAACCUUGAGGAACCUAUUAUGGCCAGAGUUAAGGAGAUUGCUGAAAAAGUUGCUAAGGCUUGGAAGAUUACUGGUCCUUUCAACAUGCAGAUCAUUAAAAACAAAGAUGAGCUUAAGGUCAUUGAAUGUAACAUCCGUGCUUCCCGUUCUUUCCCAUUUGUUUCUAAGGUCCUAGGUACCAACUUUAUUGAUAUUGCUACCAAGGCACUUGUCAACAAAGAUGUCCCAGAGCCAGUUGACUUGAUGCAGAAGUCUCAUGAUUAUGUUGCUAUCAAGGUCCCUCAAUUUUCAUUUACUCGUUUGGCUGGUGCUGAUCCAUUCCUUGGUGUCGAAAUGGCAUCAACUGGUGAAGUUGCUUGUUUUGGUAAAGAUGUCAUUGAAGCCUACUGGGCUGCUAUUCAGUCCACCAUGAACUUCAAGGUUCCCAAGCCUCCUUCUGGUUUGCUCUUUGGUGGUGAUGUUACUAAAGAAGAUCUGGGUUUGGUUGCCUCUACCCUUCUGCCACUUGGAUACAAGUACUAUGUUGCCAAGCCUGAGGUCAAGGAAUAUCUUGAAUCCAAGCUGAAUGGUGCUACUAAGAUUGAAGUUAUUGAGCUGCCCAAGAAUGAUAAGCGUAAACUUGGUGAAGUUUUUGAACAAUUCAAUAUCCGUGGUGUUUUCAACCUUGCCAAAGCCCGCGCUGAGUCGUACACUGACGAGGACUAUCUCAUGCGUCGUAAUGCAAUUGACUUCGGUCUCCCACUUUUCAACGAACCCCGUACUGCUGUCCUUUUCGCUCAGACUUUGGCUGCUAAACUCCCUGCUCGUCUCGAAGCUCAAGCCAGCCAAAGCAAGGAGAUCCCCACUGAAGUCAAAAGAUGGAGUGAAUUUAUUGGUGGUAGAUCUAUUGUAUAA